AUGGAUAGCAGAGACAGCACGAGUGCCGUGUUUACGGCUUACAUACUGGAUUUGUUGAGCCCGGCACCAGGUGACGUGAAGAAGAACUGGACGUAUCAGUCAGAGGUUCAUGAACGGCUGCAUGCCAACUGGAACGUUCUCUUCAAAAUCCACAGGAGGCAGAACCCUGAUGCCAAUACGAAAAGAGGCGCGAUCAACGCCUUGAUUGCCAGGGUCGGCGGCAGAGGAACGGUAUUCUCCCUCGAUGAGAAGAUCGCGGCCAGAAGACAGUUCAGGGACGCGAUGGAAGUGCUGUUCAAACGGGACGAGAGUCUGGUACUGAUGGGCGCUGACACUCGUACUCUUGCGGAACAAGCAACAACCGAAGCCUGGCAGCGGAUCGCGAAGGGUCUCGGAGACGUGACGAUGGAGACCGCGCCAACGAGCAAGACGGUCUCUGACAUGUCUGCAGCAAUCAGCACGCUCACUCGCGAUACCGAAGGCAAGGCGCAACGAGUCGAGCCGAUGGGGGCUGCGGUCUCUGUCACGGUCGAGACAAAGCCCAAUGCGCCUGACGAUGAACCCUCGGCGGAGAAUGGUGGCCCCUCUUCCGCCACCGUUUUCGCGGAGCCGGACGAUGAUGACUUUGGCGACGAUGGCGAGUUGGUCGCUCUACCACAGGGUGACGCUGGAUCCGUCAGAGACGGCGACGAGGAUGUGGGCGACUACGUGUACCUGAAGACUGAGCGCGAGCUUUGA